AGCUAUUAUUAAUUGUUUACUAAGGCUCAAAAUUAUUCGUUAUUAUUUUUUAAUGUUGCUGUGAAGUAUGUAAAGCCAACACAAAUAUUAGCACAAUAUUGUACACAUUUUUACACUUGUAAAAUCUAUAAACACAAUUGUUUAGCUUUGGUUGUAGCUGUUUAUUUCGCUCAAUGUCCGCUCCCUCCAUCCUUGUCAGCAAGUCGGGUCAGGACUAAAAUAAACGGUUUUAUUCACAUUUAAUACACAUGUUAACCUAUGAAAUAUAAAUGAAAGAAAAAAAAGUCAUUAUAAAGCAGGAAAAUGCUCAGUCUUUGAACAUGAUUUAAGGUCAAGCCACCCAUUUGUGUGUGACUACUGUUGUCACCUGCAGUAGGUUUAGCUCUCCCUGCUACAAAAAUAUUAAUUCAUAUUUAUCUCGGUUUCAAAACAACGGUAUGCUUCAUUUGUAGCUUCAUGUUUGUGGGAUAUUUGUGGAAGCAUUAACAUGGAAAUGCUGAAGAUAGAACAAGUCAUUGUUGGAAAUGACGUGAAGUCAAACUCAGCUGAGAUCAAGUCCAAGUCCAUGGUUGCACCCCUACAAUCCUAUCAACAUGAGAGUGUACAGUGUUUCCAGUGCUUUAUCACCUUCAGUGAUCCCAAAGCCAAGGAGAGACACAUGAGGAAGAGUCAUCGGGACCAGUACAAGCAGCAUCUACAGCAAACAAAUACGCUGUUCUCGUGCUAUAAGUGUGACAAGAGUUUCUCAUCCUCUGAGGAGCUCAGCCAGCACCAGACUGUGCAUGAUACAGAUGAGAAGCCUUUCCUUUGUGCUUACUGCCAGAAAAACUUCUAUACCUUUACUGAGCUGAAUAAACACAGACGAUAUGAGUGCACAGAACGACAAUGUCUCUGCAGGGACUGUGGUGCUUUGUUCCCCAGUCCAUCUCGACUUCGCAACCACCGCAUCGCAGUGCACCUCGGCCACCCCGUAGUGAAUGAUGACACUAACACUUUCCAGUGCUGCAAAUGUGGUCGUGGUUUCCAGACAGAAGAAGAACUCUUGCAUCACCAAGAGGAAUUUGCUAAUGAUUCAAACUGUGAUGUUAAGAUGCAAGGCAAAAAACGUGGCCGUAAACCUAAGUAUGCAGCUCAAGAGGUGGCAGUAGAUUGUAAGAAAACUGAAGAAGCAGAGAGAUCCAAAGGAUUCAGUGACUUGGCAACAGAAGGAUCCUCCUCUGUGGAGCUCAAAAUUCCAUGUCCGGAAACAGAUUGCAAUUGCAUAUUUCCCUCUGUUGUAGCACUGCGUGCACACAAGAAAACCACACACAGGAAUCCAAAUCGUAAAGCUUCCAUCGCUGAAUACACAUGCCUCACCUGUGGAAAGAGCUUUUCAAGAGAGAGUGCCCUAAAGGCACAUCUGACCUGCCACACUGAGGGCGAGGAGGCAGUGGAAAAGAGAUAAUAUAGGAGGAAACGACUGUUACUUGUGUCUAAAAAAAUAUCAGAGACUAAGUUGUCUCCCCGUGAGUGUGAAUAUGUAAUAAGAAUUACUCAAGCAAGGUUAUAUAACGUGACUGGAUGUUAUUUUUCUGUAUCACUUUUUUUUAAAUCAAUAUAUAUAUAUAUAUAUAUAUAUAUAUAUUGUUUUUUACAAAGACACCUUACACUGGUGAACGAAAAUCCUAACUGUUCAUGAUUUAUGUGCAUGAUUUAUGUGUCUGUCAUAAGGCCCUUUGUUGCUUUUCAUAUUACCUCUAUUCUACCGGAAAUAUUUUAUAUUCAUGUAGAUUAGCAAAUAAUUACUCCCUCAACUGUGGGAAGGUAUUGUAUUUAAGUGUUUUACUCUCAAGAAAAAUACAAUAGAAUGUAAGUACUAAUAUAAUAAAAUCCUGCAUC